AUGCUCCACAGACCACCGCAGUUAUCGUGGCGUCCAUGCCCAUGCAACAGCCGACGAGCGUCGUUCACGCCGCGAUGGAAGAAGCGUCACUGUCGUCGCUCUCGUUCCUGCAGCUCGCCUUCACGGCGGUUGCGGCGACCGCCGCGCUGGCCCUCGCCGUGGCCGUCACCAGGUACAACCGGAGGUACACCGGCCUGCGGCUGCCUCCUGGCCCUCCCGGGUGGCCCGUCGUCGGCAACCUCUUCCAGGUGGCCUUCUCCGGCAAGCUCUUCAUCCACUACAUCCGCGACCUCCGCAAGGAGUACGGCCCCAUCCUGACGCUGCGCAUGGGGGAGCGCACGCUCGUCAUCAUCAGCAGCGCCGAGCUCGCGCACGAGGCGCUGGUGGAGAAAGGGCGCGAGUUCGCGAGCCGGCCCCGGGAGAACACGACGCGCAACAUCUUCUCCUCCAACAAGUUCACCGUCAACUCCGCGGUGUACGGCGCCGAGUGGCGGUCGCUGCGCCGGAACAUGGUGUCCGGGAUGCUCAGCACGUCGCGGCUCAGGGAGUUCGCGCACGCCAGGCGGCGCGCCAUGGACCGGUUCGUGUCGCGGAUGCGCGCCGAGGCCGCCGCGUCGCCCGACGGCGGGUCCGUCUGGGUGCUCCGCAACGCGCGCUUCGCCGUCUUCUGCAUCCUGCUCGACAUGACCUUCGGCCUGCUGGACCUCCACGAGGAGCACAUCGUGCGCAUCGACGCCGUCAUGAAGCGCGUGCUGCUCGCCGUCGGCGUGCGCAUGGACGACUACCUCCCGUUCCUCCGCCCCUUCUUCUGGCGCCACCAGCGACGUGCGCUCGCCGUCCGCCGCGAGCAGAUCGACACGCUGCUCCCGCUCAUCAGCAGGCGCCGCGCCAUCCUCCGCGACAUGCAGCAGCGGAGCUCCUCGCCGUCGCCGCCACCGGACCCCAACGUCGCCGCGCCAUUCUCGUACCUCGACUCCGUGCUCGACCUCCACAUCGAGGGCCGCGACGGUGCGCCCACCGACGACGAGCUGGUCACGCUCUGCGCGGAGCUUAUCAACGGCGGCACCGACACGACGGCGACGGCGAUCGAGUGGGGCAUGGCGCGCAUCGUCGACAACCCGUCCAUCCAGGCACGGCUCCACGAGGAGAUCAUGCAGCAGGUCGGCGACGCGCGGCCGGUGGACGACAAGGACACCGACGCCAUGCCCUACCUACAGGCCUUCGUCAAGGAGCUCCUCCGGAAGCACCCGCCCACGUACUUCUCGCUCACCCACGCCGCCGUGCAGCCGGGGAGCAAGCUCGCCGGCUACGACGUGCCCGUGGACGCGAACCUGGACAUCUUCCUCCCGGCCAUCUCCGAGGACCCGAAGCUGUGGGACCGGCCGACGGAGUUCGACCCGGACAGGUUCCUGUCCGGCGGCGAGACGGCGGACAUGACGGGGUCGGGCGGUAUCCGGAUGAUCCCGUUCGGCGCGGGGCGGAGGAUCUGCCCCGGGCUCGCCAUGGGGACGACGCACAUCGCGCUGAUGGUGGCGCGGAUGGUGCAGGCGUUCGAGUGGCGCGCGCACCCGUCGCAGCCGCCGCUGGACUUCAAGGACAAGGUGGAGUUCACGGUGGUGAUGGACCGGCCGCUGCUCGCCGCAGUGAAGCCCCGAAACCUCUCCUUCUGAUGAUGGAACGCGUACGUACGUGUUCGGUGUUCCCAUGGCUACGUACGGUGUGCGUGCGCUUGCCAACGCAUGUCAGCUAGCGUGGUGGUACGACGUCGAGCGUACGUGUGCAGGCGGCCGACCCAACUGCACAUGCUGACAUGCACGAUGUAUCGCGCGCCGUGUGGCCAUGCUAGUCGUCGUUCAUGAGUUGUGAACGCGCCACCAUAUUGUCGUGUACUCGUGUGCACGAUAUGAUGUAGCAUAUAUAUAAAUGUAUACGCGGAAAUGCUAGACGUUUGCAUGUGUGGGCGUGUACGUAGUAGUUCACGAUGUAUAAGAAUGAACUCUUUUGCGAAUUUGAAUGUGCCAUCAGUUGACCACCA